GGCCAGGCGCGGCAGACGCCGGCCGGUUUCGGGAACGGUGCCGGGGAACGGCGGCGUGCCACCAUGUCAUCCGGUCAGGAAUCUGUUUUCUCUGAGUAUGAGACUGACACCAGCCAGACAUCGAAGCUGUUAAGAAAAUUUAAAGAGACGCCGUUUGUACCCAUCGGGAUGGCUGGCUUUGCCAUGGUGGUUGGCUAUGGGCUGUACAGACUGAAGCACAGGGGCGACAUGAAAAUGUCACUUCACCUGAUUCACAUGCGCGUGGCAGCCCAGGGCUUUGUUGUGGGAGCGAUAACGUGUGGUGUGCUGUAUUCAAUGUUUCGGGAGUAUGUGGUGAAGCCCAAGGAGUAAUGGAAAGCUGACUGAAAUCUCUGUCCUGGUGGUGGCCUGUGUACUGCAGCAACAAAACUCAUAUCGAGGGGUUCUUGAGGAAAAAAAUAAUACCUGGUAUUAAGAGAAUUGCCCUAUUUCUAUUUUGUGUAUGGUACACUGUCCUGAAGCAGUCUAAAUGUGCACUGGGGGAGCGGGUAUCGGGGUCUCGUUCUUUGAUUGAUGCUACCAUAUCCCAGUUUUUAGGUGAUAUAGUAGAGUACAAUCCGUCUAUCUUCCCCUCGACUGUCAACUCAGUCCUAAAAUUGGUGACUUUUUUUUUUUUUGCUGCCUUUGCCCAAUACCACAAAGCCUGAACUAGCUUCUGUUAGGCCUCGGGCAGAGCACAGAGGCCACAUCUGUAAGAUAGUGUUGUGAACGCUGUACUAUCAUUUUCUAUCUUGUAUAUUUGUCAGCCUCCAGCUUUGUAAUUUAGAAGCUUCCAGUAGCACUAAAUGACUUCUAAAAUAUUGAGAUAUAAACAUCUAUUUUUCUUAUUUAAGGCAUAAGUAUUUGGUAUGUUGCAGCUAUUUAAAUGUUGUAUUUAUUCAUUGUUAAUGAAGACACAGGCUUCCUAUUUUUGCUAUAGAUUUUCAGACUCUUGGAUUACUAUAUUUUGUAACAUUAUUUACAGUGUUCUUCUGAAAUAACAUUUAAAUGUAACAUUUAAAAUACAUAUUGUGAAAAGUGAACCUUGAUUUGGUGUUCUAAUGCUUUUAAAGUGUAUGAUCUAGCUGAUUUCUGCAGGAUCAUUCCCUAUAGAAAUUUUAAAACAUUUAAAUCUGAAAAGCCCCCGUCAUCCUUGAUGAGGUGUUAAAACCCUUCUCUGUAAAUUGCCACUGUUACUUUACACUUGAACCCCUUGUAUCUCCAACAGCAGUCACAAAAAUAAAUGCGUUGAUAAAACAAAUUUGUAAAAACCUCAUUUACUCCUAUUAGCUUACAUUCCAUGGUGAUAGUAUGAUGUCUUUCUGUAAUAAAUACUGUAAGGUACAUACUGCACCUCUGGCUGUGACAUUGUAGAGAGCAGUGGGAGAUGAAAUGCGAAUAAAAGUGUGAGCACUGGA